AUGGCGCUGCUCGGCUAUUCCCAGGGCAUCGUAGUGCAGCUCGUGAUCCGGCUCGCGCAGGACGGCGCCUCCGCGGGGCACCUCGCGGCACGGCUCGUCAAUCUUGGAGGUUUCCCCUCCUCCCCAGACACUGUCGCCUUCGCGGAGGACGUCUACGGCAGGAUUCCUCGCAAACAGGGCGCAGCUGCCGGCGCCAAGGGCAGCGAGUACCAGAGGCAGAUGCAGGAAGCGGCGGCGUUGGCGAAGAAGCGGAGCGAGUUCAAGUUACUCGACGAUGACGACGGUGAGGCUGGCGUCACGCCGUCACCGCGUCGUCCUGUAACAGCAACAGCCGGAAGCGUUUUAGGAAGAAGGGGGCGCCCCAACAGGGUGACGAAGAGGCGUGUCAGGGACUGGGCCACCAGGUGGGCUUCCAAGCUGGGCUGCGAGAUGGGCUUCCAAGUAACAGUCGCUGGGACAGGAGAUCAGAAUAAAGACCAGAGCGAUAUUAUAUCAGUUACUCUUGUAACAGUGAUUGGUAGUCAAGCAACCUCUACUGCAGCACCGGCUUCACCAACCCCUCCUCCACCACGGGAUGUGCCCUCGAUGCUCAUGGUUGCUGCCUCGAGCAGGCCAGGCGCUCUCUCCAUUCGUGCAGCAAAGGUGUUCGUUGGAAUGUCGAGUCUGCAAGAGGAGCGGUCUGCUCUGUCAAACAAUGUGAGUAUACCAGCUAUGUUAGUACAUGAUGCAGUCUGCUGCUUCCUGGUAACUGCAUCAAGGCAUUGUGAGAUUCUCUCACCACCAAGGACAAGCAUUUUCAGCUCUGCAGUAUACCCAUCAGUCCAGUUCUGGGGUGUCAAAAUGCUCACCAAACAAUUACAGAGGAGCAUUCCCUUUCCUUCACUUUCAGAAUGUGAUCAGACAGAGUGGUCUAUUGGGCUAUCUGUCUACAAGGAUGCUCUAUUUCUAUGGGUUAGUGGCAAGUGCUCAGUGACGGUUAGAGGGCAUGGUCUUUUACCACAGCCAAAACCACCUGAUCAAAGUGGUUGGAACUUUCCCAAUUUUGAGCUGUUACUUGCACUGCCCUUCUUUGUGUUGCAACCGGUGCCGCAGUCCACCUCUCUGUUAAACGCUGUGGAGUUUGCCAUGGCAUUCUGCACUGGAGUGCUCUCAGUGACUUUUGGGAUGCAAAUGCUGGUGUCUUAUGGAGAUCACGUGGUGUUUGAUAGAGGAAAAUCCAUAGAGUCAUUGUGUAGGCCAUUCCAUCAAACAGAUUUUAUCUUGAGUGCUGCAGUACCAGUCAAGCUUUUAUGGUCAUCACCACAAAUCAGAAUGGUGUUUCUACAGGAUGUCAAUGUCGCAGUGCAGCAGCUAACUGACAUGCAAUUAUUGCAAAAUUCAUUGGUUUUCUCUGAAGUUAUCUGGAUACAAUUUCGAAGGCCUGUAGCAGUGGACACCUUGAGAAGUCACUCUGUGCCUGCUGGGAAGUUGUUCGUUUACGAUCAGUCUACUGUGCAGAUGCACUUUGUACUAAGCUGGUGUGGAUGGUUACCUCGCACAAUUAUGCGUUGGGCUGAGCAUGGCACAGUGACCCGAGCAAGUGUGCAGUUGUCCAUUCAGUACAAGAAAAAUUCAAGAGAGAAGGAGGAUGCGUGCCUACAACUUCAUGUGGUAUUUGAUGUUCAGUUCAGUGAAGUUGAUUGCCAGAACAGCUUGGUCAGCCCUGAGCGCAGGAUUUCUUUACAGAGCAAGGGUGGUUUCAGAGUUGACAAGCCCAGUAAUUUCACAUUAGUACAAGGUCCUCAGUGUAUUGAUGACAAUGGAUGGGCAGUUGAUCCAACUCAGAUGGGAUCCCGGUGGCGUCAACAACAGCGGCUUGGGGGCAAGCCGCAUUUUAAGCGGAGGGGAAUGUCAGGGACUGGGCCACCAGUCAAGGUUCGUGACAAGGCGGCCGCACUCUCCGAUUCUGGGUGGGACGGCGUGCGGCAGCGCUGGCGGUGCCCGGAAUCGGACGAGCUGCUACUGCUCGAGCUUGGCGACGGUCGGUUAUCUUUGCGCCGUGGAGGGCCUGCGUGGCGAGGCGACGGCAAUGGCUUCGGCGUCCCUCGCAACAAGGCAGGCGGCGGUUCUAGUGGCCCUCGCGGCGACGCGGGCGACGGAUCCGGCGGUGUCGUGAGUCAGGCAGCCCGUAGCCAUCACAGCAAGGCGAGGAGCAGCUCCGGCAGGCAGCACGACGAAGAGAGCGACGCCUCCUGUCGAAGAUUGCACAGACCUGUCGUGGCGGCUCCACGUCUAAAAAGGUUACAGUUGUAUUCUAGUGCGCAAGAUAUUACACUCGGAAGCUAA